AUGACAACACUGACUGACUCUAAAAGUAAAAACGGUGAAGUAAAUUUAGGAAUUCAAUCAUCGGAGCCAUCAACGAAGACAGCCAUGCAAGAAAAGACAGAAGAAAUGGACGAUAACGAAGAUGGAGUACCAAAAAGAGCUAUGUGGGGUAAUCAGCUGGAGUUUCUCAUGUCCUGUAUAGCAACAUCCGUGGGUCUCGGCAAUGUAUGGCGAUUUCCCUUUGUUGCUUAUCAAAACGGCGGUGGAGCUUUUCUCAUCCCAUACCUAGUAGUACUAAUACUAAUAGGAAAGCCCAUGUAUUACGCAGAAGUUGUACUAGGUCAGUUCGGUUCUAGAAACCAAGUCAAAGUGUGGGCGUUGGCCCCUGCGAUGAAAGGUGUUGGUUACGCGCAAACUUUGGCGAGUGUAUAUGUGCUUUCUUACUAUGUCUCGAUCAUAGCACUAUGUCUAUACUUUUUCUCAAUGAGCUUCAAUGCAACAUUGCCUUGGUCUGUUUGUGAACCCGAAUGGGUCAAUUGCGUGCCUUCUGGAAUGACGGAAAAUAUCGUAAUGAAUGAGAAUUCGACCAGUAGUGCUGAGUUAUAUUUUGUGCGCACGGUACUUCAACAAUUAGAUGGAAUCGAAAACGGUCUGGGAUUACCUUUGUGGAACUUAACAUUGUGUCUGCUAGCAUCAUGGUUUGUGAUCUUCGUAAUUGUAUCCAGAGGUGUCAAAAGUUCUGGAAAAGCAGCUUACUUCCUGGCGAUAUUUCCUUAUGUGAUCAUGACAACUCUUCUGAUAACUACAGCUAUCCUUCCCGGAGCUGGUGACGGCAUUCUAUUCUUUAUAACACCGCAAUGGGACAUGUUACUUGAACUUAGUGUGUGGUACUCAGCCGUUACACAAGUAUUUUUUUCACUCACAGUAUGCACAGGACCAAUCCUUAUGUUUUCGUCUUAUAAUAGUUUCACACAGAAUGUUUACAGGGACGCUAUGAUCGUAACAACUCUGGACACGUUUACCAGCUUACUAUCUGGUUUCACAAUAUUUGGCAUCUUAGGCAACUUAGCGCAUGUCCUGCAAAGACCUGUCGGUGAAGUAGUUGGUUCAGGCGGCACUGGUCUUGCUUUCAUUUCGUAUCCUGAUGCCAUCGCUAAAACUUUCCAACCCCAGCUAUUUUCAGUUCUUUUCUUCUUGAUGAUGUUGGUUCUCGGAAUAGGAUCCGCUGUGGCACUAUUAGCUGCUGUCAACACUAUCUUGUUGGAUGCUUUCCCUCGGGUACCGACCAUCAUAAUAUCGGCAAUCAGUUGCACAUUCGGUUUUGGCCUCGGCCUUGUCUAUGUAACACCUGGCGGUCAGUACGUAUUAGAGAUUGUUGACUACUACGGCGGAACAUUCUUUGCAUUGUUCUGUGGUAUCGUUCAAAUUUUCGGCGUGUUCUGGAUUUACGGUCUUGAAAACUUUUGCCUCGACAUUGAGUACAUGUCUAAUCGUAAGACAUCCAUAUACUGGCGUUGCUGCUGGGGCCUCAUUACGCCAGCUUUGAUGAUUACUGUAUUCAUUUACGCUCUGUCAUCAUUUGGUGCUUUGGUGUUUGGAGACGGCUACAUAUAUCCAACUAUGGGAUACGUUGCUGGUUACUUAAUUUUAUGCGGUGGAAUAGUACUAGUUCCGAUAUUUAUGUUCGCAACAAUAUACAAAUACAGAUCAGCUGGCAGUUUUGUAGAUAUACUCAAGAAAUCUUUCAAACCAAAACCAUCAUGGGGUCCAAGCAGUGCAAAACAUAAACGUGAAUGGAUAUUAUUUAAAGAAAAUGCUAAAAUGGAGCGCCAGAAAAUGAAAACGUCUUGGUUUAAACACAUUUUGUUGAGUUUGAGUGGUGGAUACAGAAGACAUGCGUAG